GCACGAAAAUUUUCUAGCAUACAAAAUCUAAAUCGAGUUGUCCAGCUAACCAAACAAAAUUUUUCUCCAAUUUCCAACAAAUGGGCUCGUCGCAUAUUCUGAGAGCCUCACCGCUGGCUUCGUCCAAAACCAAAAUCUUCAACACCACGACCAUUACCAAACCCACCACUCUCUCGAAGCUUCUCUCACCGCAAGGCACCAUUGUGCCCACGUCUCUCUUCAACAGCAUCCAUUUCACAGCCACUUCACAAAAACCUACCACCAGCGCGCCAUUUGCGGUUGGGUUUGGCGGGUCUUUUCGUCAGAGUAAGCGUACCUUUCGUGGUGGGGUUGUUGUAGCCAUGGCGGCAUCUGGGUCGGUCCAGAAAUCGGAGGAAGAGUGGCGGGCCAUCCUCUCCCCUGAGCAGUUUCGGAUUCUGAGGCAAAAAGGAACUGAAUACCCUGGCACAGGUCAAUAUGACAAGUUCUUUGAAGAGGGUGUCUAUAAAUGUGCUGGUUGUGGUACUCCUCUCUACAGGUCGACAACCAAAUUUAAUUCUGGUUGUGGCUGGCCAGCUUUCUAUGAAGGUCUUCCCGGGGCCAUAAAUCGUAAUCCUGACCCAGAUGGAAUGAGGGUUGAAAUCACCUGUGCUGCUUGUGGUGGUCAUCUGGGUCAUGUUUUUAAAGGAGAAGGCUUCCCAACACCCACAGAUGAACGCCAUUGUGUCAAUAGCGUUUCACUCAAGUUUGUUGCUGUAAAUUCUUAGGCUUUCUACUGUGAGUUGUAUGCAAAGUCUGUUUUGAACAUAACAGUCUUUCUGUAACAUUUUGUGAGAUUAUAAUGCCGUCCAUAUAAAUUGAUGCUGCAACUAUGAUUUUCUAUUGAAUGCUGCCAAAGUUCUGGAUGUUCCCUGCUUGCAUUUGUUAUAAAGUAUCUUGUUUGUAUCA